GACUCAGUGUGAUCAUGUAACGGGCUCGCGAGCGCAAGAAGAGCUGGUCGGUAACGGAGAACUGAAUGCCAAUUGCGCGUGAGAGACGGGAGGGACAGACGCUUCUAGUGCUGCACGCAUACACAGACAGACAAGACACAGGAAGCUCUGGGGAACUCGGGGAAAGGGUGCAUUUUCACCGCCUCAAGAGGAAGUUAAGGACAAAUCUCUCGCUAAAAUAAAUCUUAAAAGGGGCAGCGGGCACGCGGGAGUCGCCUCUACGACUAACUUGUGGGAUUUAUCGGGAAUUGUUCCUGACAGGAGACCUGGCUUGCCUCACCAUACGUUUAGAUUUCAUUUCGUUUAUUUAAUUUCAGUUCAUCAGCUGCACUUAACUACUGUCAUCUCCCGAAUUGCCUAUUGCAGCAGAGGAUUGCGCGAAAAGACAGAGACAGCCGCCUUUUCCGCAGGCACUUGCCUUCUUCACUUGCGUUUUUGUACUCUAUUUAUUAUUUAUAUUCAAGCCUUUAUUUAUUUUGGCACUGUUCUGGGGCGUUGGUGGUGAUUUCUGUGGAAUAUGGUGGGGGAAAUGGAAACGAAAGAGAAGCCGAAGCCGACCCCAGAUUAUCUGAUGCAGCUCAUGAACGAUAAGAAACUGAUGAGCAGUCUGCCCAACUUCUGCGGGAUCUUCAACCACCUCGAACGGCUUCUCGACGAAGAGAUCAGCAGGGUACGAAAGGACAUGUACAAUGACACUUUAAACGGCAGCACGGAGAAGAGAAGCUCCGAGCUCCCGGACGCCGUCGGCCCCAUCGUUCAGCUCCAAGAGAAACUCUAUGUGCCUGUUAAAGAAUAUCCUGACUUUAAUUUUGUGGGCCGGAUCUUGGGCCCGCGGGGGCUCACAGCCAAACAGCUGGAGGCAGAGACAGGAUGUAAGAUCAUGGUGAGAGGGAAAGGCUCCAUGAGGGACAAAAAGAAGGAGGAACAAAACCGAGGCAAACCCAACUGGGAGCAUCUGAAUGAAGACCUUCAUGUGCUCAUCACUGUGGAGGACGCCCAGAACCGGGCUGAGAUUAAGCUCAAGCGUGCAGUGGAGGAGGUUAACAAGCUACUCGUGCCUGCGGCUGAAGGCGAGGACAGUCUGAAGAAGAUGCAACUGAUGGAACUGGCCAUUCUUAACGGCACCUACAGAGACGCCAAUAUCAAAUCACCUGCCCUUGCAUUCUCUCUUGCAGCGAGCGCCCAGGCGCCACGGAUCAUCACCGGCCCAGCACCUGUCCUGCCUCCCACCGCCUUACGCACACCCACGCCCGCAGGGCCCACCAUCAUGCCCCUCAUCCGCCAGAUCCAGACCGUCAUGCCCAAUGGCUCGGCCCACCCAGCAGCUGCCACCCUAGUGCAGCCCGGUCCAGAGUCGGGCCUGAUUUACGCGACGCCCUAUGAGUACCCCUACACACUGGCCCCUGCCACCUCCAUUCUGGAGUAUCCAAUCGACUCCAGCGGGGUUUUAGGGUUGCCGAUCAACAUCUCAACUUAUCUCAACUCAUCUCAACAUCUCAACGAAACUCAUGCAUGGUCAGACUUUGGGGUCAGAAGUAGGGUUGUGCCAAUAGACGAUGCCAUCGUCCAUCACCGAUGGCUGACAGGCAUGACGAUGUUGAGCCGGCAUCGUGAUUCCGAACCCUGGUUUGACUGGCGUUAAGCACGUCAUGUUUUCUAAAAACCCUGUCUUAAGAUGGAGUGCAUCCUCAAAGGCCGAAGAGCUGCCCCUCUACCUGGGCUUUCAGACCUGUCACAUUCCCAUCACAGUCCAGCGUGGAGAGCCAACCGGUCGGCCUCCCUUUUAAACUGCCCCUUCUCUCCCCCCCGCCCCCUCUGACAAGCCCCUCCCUCACACCGCAGACACGCCCCCUGCCCCACCUCCCUCUUAUCGGACUGGCUGGACCCCCCGGCCUCUGUCUGUUUCUUUAAAUGAUGGUUUUUGUUUUUCUGUUUUUUUGGUUUUGUACUUUUGUUUUGAUCUGUAAUGUGAUGUUUUAGUUUUUUAUGUGUACAAUGAUGAGGGAGACAAAGCACUGAGCCCCAAACUGCUGCACAAGCCUUUCUGGAUGACCCCCAUCCCUCAGUCUGAGCGGGUCGCAUCAGGGUGAGGGGCAUCAGGAGGGGCAACAUGAGGAUGGUGAGGGGACAGUGGGGCUCAAAUAGGGGCUGCUUAAAUUGGGAAGGAAACUGUUUGAGAUGGGGCAACUGUUGAAAGCCAGGCUGUUCAUCGAGCACUUUUAGGGCAGUUGAUUGCACUAUGGUGGGGCAGUUUGGCUUAAAAUCUAAAAUGACAGUCACAAUAUAUAAUUAAACAGUAUACUGAUGUUUUUUUUUUUUUUUCUGUAGCGUUAUCAAAGCCUUUUAAUAACAUGUUUAGGGCAUAGUUUACCCCAUAACGGAAAGAAAAUACAAGAAACAUGUUUGGCAUAAAGAAAAUUAAGAUAUUCUGCAUUGUCAUAUUGUAGCAACACAUUUUCCUAAUAUACUCUUAUCUCUGUAAGGCUUUUUUCAAACCGCAUGCAUUAGUUGAUCUGCAGCAUAAAUGCAAAAAUAGCCUUUGACAAUAAAAUAGUGUGAAAAAAAAUAAAUAAAGUGAUUUCUUAAGUUUCUAAAUUGGGUAUUUUCUUUAAUAACAGAUUAUAAACUAUUACAGAUUUGAUUAGCAUAUGCAUUCAAAUGACAAUUCCUAUACAUGCAACCCAAAGUGUUGAUAUGAAGUGCAUAAAGCAUCUGAAUUCAGUCAUAUUUACUGAAGCCCUACAGAUGUAAAAAUCUCUUUCUCACUGCUGUUAUGCAAAGAAAUAAGCUAUUAUAAUAGUAUUUCAACUCUACAGUAUUCAUACGUCAUUGUACAGUAGUAUUAAUUAGACUCCAGUAUUACAGCUCUAGUAAAUGUAUUUAGAAUUAAAAAAAGAUGAGAAUUAUUAAAAAAGAAAAAAAGAAAAAUCAAAACACCCAGAUGUAAUGAUAAUAUUGGAAAUGAUGCCUAAUUGUUUUAUGGCACUUUGCAAAAUAUCUUCAUACAAAAAAAAACUGUAUUUUAUUAUAUAAUAUUACAUUUCUCUUUUUUUUCAUUUUUGUUUGAAAUAUGAUUUAGACAUACACUACAAUUCUAAAGUUUGGAGUCAAUAAUAUUUUUUAAAAAUACAUUUGUAUUUUUAUUUAGCAAUGGGAUGCAUUAAAUUGGAUCAAAAGUAGCAGCAAAGGCAUUUAUAUUGUUACAAAAUUUCUAUUUCUAUUUUUUUCUAUUUCUAUUUCAAAUAAAUGCUGUUCUCUAUUCAUCAAAGUAUGCUGAAAAUGAAAAGAUUAAGCAGCGCAACUGUUUUCAAUGUUAAUAAUAAUAAGAUAAUAAGAAAGGUUUCUUGAGAAGCAAAUCAGCAUAUUAGAAUGAUUUCUGAAGGAUCAUGUGACACUGAAAAUUGGACCAAUGAUGCUGACAAUUCAGUAUAUCAUCACAAGAAUAAAUUCAAAUAUUUAAAAGUAAUAUUUUACAAUAUUAGUGUUUUUAUUGUAUUUUUGAUCAAAUAAAUAUAGUGAACAUAGGCAACUUCUUUCAAAAACGUUAAAAAAAUCGUACUGACUCCAAAUUUUUUGAAAUAGUUUAUGAACUCAUUUUAGUGGGAUUGUCCCAGUGCCAUCGCCUCAUGAACUGUCCUAAAACCUGCUCCGUCUGACUGUGGUGUGUGUUGUUACCCCAAGGACCGCCAGUCCUGCCACUAAUUUUCCCUUCCUUCAUUCUUUAGGUGUGGCUUUCCCCACGAAAGGCUAAAUGUGUUUCCCAGGAUCCUCACUGAGCCCCUCAUCUGAUCUGAGUGUUAACAUUCACAUGCUUUCGUUUCACAGCUGCCUUGUUGGUUUUGAGUGAUGUUUAUUCAGAAGCAUGAAUCUGGUCUAGCAGUCAGUCAGACACACUCCUGUUCGUUUACACUGGCUAUUCCCAGAGCCCAUAGAGGCUGUACUUGUAAUGCCAUACGUAUACUCCCACAUAUUUCCCCUGGACUGUGCCUCUGACUGCUAUGCUUCGAUGUGGAAUAAAAAAAAAAAAAAAAAAAAAAAA